UCUAAAUUCUCUUGGUUAUCUUUCUUGUCUUCCUGUUAUUUAACCGCAUUAUAUUUUUCCCAUUACUGAUUUUGUGUGUUUACUGAGAACUCCUCUUCAAGCUUUUGGCCCUUUAGGUUCAGACAGACACAUCUCUUCACGUCACCUAGUACAACACAAUACAGCCAGUAAAGAAUUGUACUUUUGUGUGUUUCGUGAUCUCAAAACUUGUUUGUUGACAACAAAAGGAAAACAAACUUGUUUCUUGGAUUUCUUUUCAUAUUUUUUUUUCCACAAAAUGGGUUCAGAAGAGGGUAGUUCAAUGAUAAGGAAGAUCCUCAAAAGUUUUUGUUGCAGUAAUGGAUGGUCUUAUGGGAUUUUCUGGGGCUUUGAUCCGAAAAAUUUCUUAUUGUUGACAUUUCAAGAUUCAUACUAUGAAGAACAAAUGGGAGAUGUGAUUGAGAAUAUGCUUCUGCAAGUGCACGUAUUUGGUGAAGGGAUAGUUGGCCAAGCUGCAUUCACUAAAUCCCACAGAUGGAUAUUCUCAGAUGCCCAUCAUGAAAGGCAAAAUUCUUUAGGACUGAUUGGGAAUCCUGAGAUUUUCCAGGAUGAUUCAGAAUUCUAUUGCCAGUUCUCUACUGGUAUAAAGACAAUAGCUGUAAUCUCAGUGGAACCAUUUGGUGUGGUGCAAUUUGGAUCUACCGAGAAGAUCCCAGAGAGAAAGGAAUUUGUUGAUCAAGUCAAAGAACAUUUUAGAGGGAUGAGUAAAGAUCAGUUAAUCGUGUUAUCAGAGAAUGAAUCCUCAUCUUUAGAUUGUGAAAAUUUUGCGGGCUACAAGGAUUUGAUGGAUGCAAAUUAUUCUUCAGUGAUUCCUGUCCAGUCAGUCCCUUCUAGUUCGGGCUAUCAGAGCAUGAACUCCUUAGCCUCUAUAUCUUCUCUAAUCGAGAACCAAACUCAAAAUGGAAGCAAAUUGAACAUUGAAAUAGAACAGUUGCUUUUAGAGAAUGCUGCUUACUUUGAUUCCUCAACAGCUCCAGCACCAAGCAGCAACAGUGGAGAUUCUGUUGUGACUUCAUCUUGGCAUUAUUUGUCAUCUGAACAGAAUGAGAACGCUUCAUUCUCAAAAUCGAGCAGUUAUGAGUCUUGCAGAAAUUCAAGUUUGUAUGAUCAUGGGAAAUCAGCAUUCAAUUCAUUGCACACCCAACAUUUGUCCAAAGAUCCAUUGAAUGACCAGAAUUGUACCCUGUUGCUCCCCUCAAAUGAUUGUAAACUGGAUGAGUUCUCUCAGUGGUUUUCGCCUCUACUAAACGAAAGCAGUACCUCAUUUGCUACGACACCCAGUAAUGGCCAAUCAACUGCCCCCGGAUUCACUCCACAUCUCAGUUUUUGUGGACCGAACUCGGCUAUCAACGUCUUGGAAAAUCUUCCCACAAAUUCAAUACAAAGUUCCAUAACAGAAUCAUUCAACUCUAAUGGAAAAAAGAGGUGUUCUGACAUGUCUGGCAUAGACAGACUCUGUGAUGGCUUUGGAAUGGAACCUGGGUCUAAAACGCCAGAGGAUUGGAGUGAAAUUCUGAUGCCAGUUGUGAACGGUGAAAGUUUGGACUUCAGCAUGGAUAACUCGAAAUGUAUCUCAGAGCAACACAUUGGAUCCAAAGUCGGGAACCCCAACAGCUUGUUCUCCAAAUUAGGACUUCAUCUUUUGGGGGGUACUGCUAGUAGCUCUUGUUCAUAUGCCAGAUCCAGAUUUGAGGAUCAAGUUUCAUCCACUGCUAAAAGAAGGAAAAUUGACGAUCAUUCUUGGAGCUCUGACCGAGUGAAAUUUCGAGGUCUUCCUAGCCAUGAUGGGAGAAUGAGGUCACUGAAUCCAUUAUAUGAUCCCAAUAAAACAAGUUUUCUUGAGCCCAACCAUGAAGCCUCCACAAAAGAAGGUUCACUAAUAGGUGAUAACGGAAGCAUGAAUAAUUCAUUAAAAGGUAAUGAAGGACCUGCAAAAAUGGUGAAGAAGAAGGCAAAACCAGGAACUCGCCCCAGGCCAAAAGAUCGUCAGCAGAUCCAAGACCGUCUUGUGGAAUUGAGACAACUCAUUCCUAACGGUGAAAAGAUGAGCAUUGAUCGUUUGUUGCAACAAACUAUAAGACACUUAAAUUUCAUGCAAAGUUUGAUGAAACAUAGAGAGAGCCUUAAGCAAACUGAUGGACCAACGAUAGACAACUCCAAUGGUCAUGAUGUCGGAGUCACAUGGGCAUGUGAAGUUGGCGAUCAGUCUAUGCUUUGUCCUCUGAUAGUUAAGGACCUAAGUUCCCCUGGCCAAAUGCUUAUAGAGACCCUCUAUGAUGAACAAGGUUUCUUUUUGGAAAUUACUGAUGUAAUUCGAAAUUUUGGCCUGACUAUCUUGAAGGGAGUGAUGGAAGUUCAAGAAACCAAGAUUUGGGCACACUUCAUAGUCGAGGCUGAGGGAAACUCACAUGUCACGCGCCACGAAAUAUUUUCUUCCCUCAUUCAGCUUUUCCAAAUGAAACCUGGCCCAAGUGGGUUGAAUGCAAGUGAUGAAAUUGGCAAUAGUUACAGUCCAGGGGCUUCUCUAUUCAAGAACUGUCAACCUGGCGUUUCACUCCCCAUUAUCUCAGCCGAUUCGCUUCAACGUACAAGCCUGUAAUUGUUAAGACCGUCUUGAAUCUAAUUACACUGUACACUUCCCAUCAUCUGAGUAAUAUAUAAAGGAGAGGUUAAGGGGACGUAUGUGCAAGAGAGGUGUCAAGUACCGAACAGUUGAUUGGGAUAUCGGUGGUUUUGUUGUCUACCCUGACUUAUGCAGCUUACUUUUUGUAAUUAGAGAAAGAUUUAGUGCAAUGAGAUUAACCGAUGCUGAUGGGCCGAUGGCAGGAUUUUUGUUUGGUUAGACGAAUUGUGAGCAGUUGUAAAAGGAGAACAAUGUUUCUUGCUCUCCCUUUUUUAUAUAUUUUUUUUCAUGGUAGGUUCAGUCAUUGAAACUGAUAAAUCAGGUAACUAAAGGCUAACCGUAGAAUAGGUUUUUAUUUGGAAUUUCUUUAGUUAUUUUGUGUACAGAAUCAAGAAAACUGUUUGUGAUUUUC